AUGGCCGAAAAAGACACUGUCGUCCAAGCCAAGACCGACAUCACUCAUGUCGAAGGCCAGGACAUCACCGCCGCCCCCGAGAAUGAGCAGAAGAUUGAGGCCGUCGGCAGGUUGGAGGCCCUCGCCUUCAACUACACCAACGCCGAGGAAAAGCGCAUGCUCCUGAAGAUCGAUGUCAUCGUCCUCGGCUAUGUAUCCGGGGCAUACCUCCUGGCCUACAUGGACCGUGGCAACAUUGGCAACGCGAAUACCGCAGGCAUGUCCAAAGAUCUGGGUCUCAGCGACAGCCAAUAUCAGUGGCUCCUGACUGCAUUGUACCUGGGUUAUAUCCUCUUCGACUGGCAGACGGUCUUCUACAAGAUCUUUCCAGCUCGGUACUACGUGCCCACCGUCAUCAUCAUCUGGGGGGCGAUUGCCGGAUGUUGCGGCGCAGCUCAAAACUUUGCGGGCAUGCUGGUCCUGCGACUUCUGUUGGGCAUCUUCGAAUCCUCCUACAGCCCUGGCCUGGCCUACUUCUUCUCUUUCUUCUACUACCGCAAAGAGAUGGGUCGACGACUCGGCUGGUAUGUGUCGAUUGCCCCUCUGGGCGCCUCCUUUGCCGGAGCCUUUGCCUACUUUGUCACAAAACAUCAUCAUGCCAUCGCAGGUUGGCGGGCCUUGUUCCUCGUGGAGGGUCUACCUGCCGUUGCCGUCGGUCUCUUCGGCUACUGGUGGCUCCCCAGCAAUCCUCAAGACUGCCAGUUCCUGAACGAGAAGGAAAAGAAGAUUGCCCGAGCCCGCAUGGUUCGGAUGGUCGGCAACGUCGAGCGCGACCGGAAGAUCAACUUGAAGAACUUUUUUCAGUCACUGCUCGACCUCAAGAACUGGCUGCCCACGCUCAUGUACUUCUCGUGCAACGUCAGCUACGCCUCUCUGCCCAUCUACACGCCCACCAUCCUCCAGGGCAUGGGCUUCACGGCUCUCCACGCCCAAGGUCUUUCCGCCCCGCCCUACCUCUUCGCCUGCCUCGUCGUGCUCGCGGUGGGCCAUCUCUCGGACCACUUCCAGCGCCGCGGCAUCUUCCUGUCCAUGUGCAGCGGGACCGCGGCCGUGGGCUACCUCAUCCUGUGCCUGGUCGAGGUGGUCGGGGUGAAAUACUUUGCGCUGUACCUCGUCGCGGGGGGUCUCUACCCUUGCAUCGGCCUCGUGCUGUCGUGGGUCGCCAACAACAACGGCAGCGACAGCAAGCGCGGCGCGGGCUUCAUCCUCAUGAACUUUGUCGGCCAGUGCGGGCCCCUCGUGGGCACGCACAUCUUCCCGGCCAGCGAGGCCCCCCACUACAAAAAGGGCUUCUGGAUCAGCUUUGGGUUCUGCACCUUCGCCUCCCUCCUCGCCCUGACCCAGGUCGCCUGGCUGAAGCACCUGAACAAGAAACUCGACGAGAAGUACGGUCCGGUCAGGGAGAUUGUCAACACCGAGGACGAGAUCGGCGCCGAGACCGACUCGAGCGAGAAUUUCAGGUAUAUUUUGUAG